AUGGACGGAUUGCUCCGCGCCGCAUGCGUGGCGGAGUUUGCUGGCGUAUUGAAGACUAUUUCGCUUCUGAAGGGACCUUUGCUCUUCUCACACACUCUCGAAUAUCUUCUGCUUUUCGAUCGAGAGGCUCAGUGCCGCGUGUUUUCCUUCAGCAUCGAGGCCGCGGAAUCCUUAGCGCCAUUUAUCAUGUCUGGCCAGAACGCUCAGGUUUUCCUGUCGUACGCGCGCGCGGCGAGGUACCGCGGCAACGUAUAUGAGGGCAUCACGAUGGACAGCCUGGCCGCGAAGGUGUGCGACUCCUACCUAUCCGAACAGACUUCGCGGGAUCCGAGAGCUACAGUUUCCCGCACUUCACUGCCGUGCCCAGACGCCUCUAUCGGGGGAGACGGGCGGGAAGGAACGGGUCCCCGCGGCACGCGGCGCGACGGUGCGGCCGAUGCUCAUCGCUCCUGA